GCAGACGACCCAUGCUAUGGUGGUUUGUAAACAAGUAAACAAGUCUUGCUCAAAAUUGGUCGCUUAUGGCCUCCUGGUCUUGUUGCUUUGAGCCCUUCUCCCAGUUUCUAUUCAUUUAAAAUUUUUGAACUAUUCACUUGGGUAUAACAAGUAAUUUUACUCUGGAGCUAUUUCGCUUUUGACAAAAUGGGAGACCAAUGGCAAAGAGGAGGUUAUGGGAACUCUUCUGGAGAAGAUUUUCUUUCCUUCGGUUCUGACAGUACUCCAAGCCCUUCGCACGGUAAUGCAUGGCAUCGAGGGCGUCGCCCACCACAUCAAAUGCAACGAAUCUCUGGGACUCAGAGAAGUCAUCAGUCAUUUAUGGAAAGAGAGGGACCUAAUCAGCCGUAUCGUGGCAGAGGUAGAUGGAAUAAUAGAGGAUCAAAUUUUAGAAACUCUCAUCAACCUUACCAACAACGUCGGGGAGGACCCUUUCCGGACGGUGGUUUUGGCCAGAGGGGCAACAGGCAUAAGGGUCCCAGAUUAGCUCCAAAUCAGUGUGAUAUUUCAGAUUAUUUCCACCCAUCAAUGGUAGAAGAUCCCUGGAGAGAACUCGAAUCAUUAUUCAAAGUUCCAGUUGGUGAUGGUGAAUCUUCUGAGUGUGGAUCUGCUAUGAACACUUUUACCAAUGAAGCUGACAAUUCUGAUCAAGAAUCUAAUCAUUCUGCUGACAGUGAGAGGGCAGAUUAAUCAGUUUUGUAAAUUCCAUUUAUGGAAUUACCGUGUCAAGUUAUAGCUACACAAUCUUUAUUUUUGUAAAUAAUCGAAUGGAGCUAGUGUAAAAAUAAUGUUUUAUUCUUUAUUCAUAUUA